AGAUCUUCAGUACAUGAUCAAUUCCGGUUUGGAUGAUUAAAUUGGUUCAGAAAUUUCUUUACACCUCUUUCUUUUCUCCGAGUUAUAAAGAGUAAUAUAAAUUAGAGAAGAUAGGGUUUAUCGAAAAUUAGGGUUAGGGGAAAUGUUUAAUGUGCGCCGUAUUGCAUCAUCAGGUUCUCUCCAUCAUCUCUGGAAGAGAGAGACGAGAAUGGUGGUGGCUCCAUUUUCUUCUUAUGCUGCUGAGUUUAACCCCAACAGGCAGAUCACUACUCCUGCGUUUAUGUUACCUUCUCCUGCUGUUGCUGAGAAGAGCAGUAUUUUCGAGAAGAUACAGCCUUUUAUCGGAGAGACCUUAGAUUUCAUCACAAGGGAGGAAGAGAAGAAGGAAGAUCUCGUCGACUGGGCAAAACGUCUUAACAAAGACGGCAAAUUUGAAUAUGCCUUCGAGAUCUUUGAGUGGAUGGAUAAAAAGAAGAUGGAGUUUUCUCCUUCGGAGCUUGCAGUUUAUGUGGAUCUCAUUGCCCAGACUAAAGGCAUAUAUGCGGCUGAAGAAUACUUCAAUCAAGUAGAACCAGUCUUUGACCGAACCAACACCCGCGCGAAGAAUUGGCCUGCUUUUGCUAGUAUUGUGGUGAGGAUCUUGGAAUAUAAUAAGAAAAACGGUCGGGGUGCAGACGCAAGAAAGUUUAAUUUGAGGAAACAGUUCUUAACCACUACUGGAUCAGUCUUAGAGAUAACUUCAUGUUCAAGGUCUAGCUCGUGUGCACAAAGGCUUGGAAUUAUGGUCAGGUUCUGA